GAUCAUAUAGCGAUACACCAUUAUACACUUCAAUUUGUACGUACUUGAUCGACCGAUUAUUAUAUAUGGCUCUUAUGGCACAAGAGAACACUUCCCUAGUGUUAAGCGUAACACGAGGGGAGCCGGAGUUUGUGUGUCCGGAAAAGCCGACACCCCGAGAGCUUAAACUGCUCUCGGACAUUGAUGACCAGGAGGGUCUUCGAUUCCAUAUGCCAGGAAUAAUGUUCUACCGAGCUGACCCCUCUAAUUAUAAGGAGGGUAAAGACCCGGUUAAGGUUGUUAAGGAUGCUUUGGCUAAGGCUCUUGUUUUUUUCUAUCCAUAUGCCGGCCGACUAGUAGAAGGGCCAAGUAGGAAGCUUAGUGUUGAUUGCACGGCUGAGGGUGUACCCUUCAUCGAGGCUGAUGCGGACGCAACACUUGAGGAUUUUGGUGGUGAAAUCCAUCCUCCAUUUCCUUUGGAGGAUUUGCUUUAUGACAUUCCUGGUACUGAUGGAAUUCUAGGGACUCCCUUGCUCAUUAUUCAGGUAACACGUCUAAGAUGUGGUGGAUUCAUUGUUGCCCUUCGAGUAAACCAUGUGAUCAACGACGGAAGUGGUAUAAUGCAACUUAUGAACGCCGUUGGUGAGAUAAGCAGAGGCUUUACCACCCCUUCCAUCCUCCCAGUUUGGGACCGCGAACGCUUAACCGCUGGAGAACACCACAAAGUCAGUUACCCACACCCUGAGUACGACCAACAUCAAGUUGACGACCAUCAUUCUAAUGAUGAAUUAGCUGACUUAAUCCAGCAAUCCUUCCUCUUUGGUCCUUCCGAGAUUGCUGCCCUACGACGCAAUAUCCCUCCGCAAACCAAACAAUUCUCCACAUUUGACAUUCUUAGUGCUUCUUUGUGGCGUUGUCGAACCAUGGCACUUGGACUUGACCCUGACGAGGAAGUUCGCUUGCUCUUCGCUGUCAAUGCCAGGACCAAGUUUAAUCCGCCCCUUGCGAAGGGAUAUUACGGAAAUGCGUGUGCAUUUCCGGCUGUUUGUGCUAAGGCAGGGGAUAUAUGCAAUAACAAAGUUGAGUAUAUUUUGGAGUUGAUAAGGAAAGCUAAAAAUGAAGUGAAUGAGGAAUAUAUGAGGUCUAUUAUGGACCUUAUGGUCACAAAAGAUAGACCACAUUUUAGUGUGCAUCAAUCCUAUGUAGUGUCGGAUCUAAGGCAUUUAGGGUUUGCAGAUGUUGAUUUCGGGUGGGGAAAGCCCGUUUUCGGAGGGCCGGGGAGUAAUGGGUCAGUACCAGAUGCAAGCUUCUUUAUUUCCUUUAAGAAUAUCAAAGGAGAGACGAUGAUUAUGGUGCCCAUUUCCUUGCCUGUUCAUGCUAUGGAUGUUUUUGUUAAGGAAUUAGGAGAGAUGCUGCGUCACGUUUAGCACCAUGGAUACCGUUAAUUUCAGCAAUGUCAAAUCUUACUGAUUCCUUCUUACUAUUGUAAUAAUUUAAUAAAUGUUGAUUGUAAGGUUUUAUAAGUAACAUGUACAAUAAAUUCACAAAUGUGCUAUUAUUUUUUA